AUGGAGGCAAUUGCCGACGCUCUUGCCAAAUCCGAAUACGAAAUAGUUUGUCUACAGGAAGUUUGGGUUUAUAGUAAUUUCGAGCUUAUCAGAAAUAGAACGAAAAGAAGGUUACCAUAUGCCAAAUUUUAUUAUAGUGGAAUGCUCGGUGGCGGCCUAGUAAUUCUCUCGCGUUAUCCAAUUCUAGAGGUAACACAUCAACCAUAUCGUCUCAAUGGUCUGCCAAUUAAAGUCACGCAUGGGGAUUGGUAUGUUGGCAAAGGAGUGGCUAGUGCAUUGAUUGAUCAUCCUGUUGCAGGAGUAAUUGAAGUUUUUAAUACACACACGCAUGCGGGAUAUGGAUCGAAAAAAGAUGAUAUUUAUCUGGCACAUAGAGUUUCUCAGGCGUGGGAAAUUGCAAAUUUAUUAAAGAAUUCGGCGUCUCGUGGUCGAAAUGUUAUAGCGAUGGGUGAUUUUAAUGACGAACCAGAUACGGCCGUAACUCAAAAAGGCGUCACCAGUGGUUCCCCGUUGAACACAUGGAGCAGUAAUUACUCUCCAAAGGGAACAACAACAACGCUAAAAGAAUUAAAAGAACCAAAUUUAGAGAUAGGUCAAAGGAUAGACUACGUUUUCUAUCGAAAGACAUCAAGAUUCUGGUGUACCGGAUCUCGUGUGGUAUUCACCGACUUGAUACCCGAGCUAAAAUGUAGCUACUCUGAUCAUUUCGGCGUUGAGGCCACUUUUACGUUAGUCGGACGAGACAAAAACUCCGUAAUUCCAUUAUCAAUUUGGGAACAAGCUGCCUACGAUAAUGCCCAGGAAUUUGAACCACUUAUAUAUCAAACCAUCUUAACAAUCUUUAAACAAGAUCUAGCGCAUGCGAUUUCCACAUCACGAUUUCAAUUGUCAUUAUUUUGGAUGUCAUGUUUGGUGGUGAUUUGUGGAAUAGUGGUUGAAGCGUUAAUUGCCGCGCAAAUCUUUGAUGCUUUUUGGCUUAGCAUUAUAAUUCUGUUGAUUGUAACUGGGGUCGCAAUAUUCGGAACAAUUAUUGGAUUAAUUGGGUUCUUGUUUGGUAACGCCGAAGAACGCGGAUACAAACAUAUAAUUCAAGAAGUUGAAUCGUUUAUCGAUGGAAAGAAAGAGUAUGAUAGUAGACGUGCUAGUGCAAUCACUCAAGAAGAUAAUUUUAGUAGUGAUCGAUCGGAGGAGGGUGGUCCAUUGGUUGAGAUUGAGGUUCGGAAUCAAAUAUAUUGA